GCAAGGUUGAGGUGUUGAGGCUAUGUUUCCGUCAACGAGACGACCAGUGGUGGUUUUGUACCAUGCCAAAACCAGCCUUAGAUUUUGAGGUUGUCAAUGGACCAGACUCAUUGAAAGAAGGAGAGGCUAUGGUCAACACGCCAUUCAACUUGAGUGAAGGACCACUGUGGCAAGUUCGACUUAUGCCACUCUCAUCUGACUACUCUUGUCUCUGGCCGGAAGUGAAAGAAAAGUUCCCAUAUCAAAACAAAGUGUUAUUUAAUUUCCAUCAUGGAAUAGUUGAUGGUCCCGUUUUACUUUCAAUAACGGGGUUAUUUAUGAAGCUUCUGGAGGAUUACAUCAGCAAAAUCCCUAUUGAUAAGCAACAGUUUGGACAACUUGUUGACCACAGUCAUACAUCAAAGAUUGUUCAACAAAUGACAGAAGAACUUGAAAGGAUCCCCAAAAUAAGGGAGGCUGGAAUUAUACGCGACAUCUACAAUAUUAGCAGUUUACACCCCAUUGACCUUCGCCGUUACAUGAAAGGAUACUCUGAAAUAUACCCAAUGGGUUUCCAUACUCUUUCAGUAUCACACACCAUGGCAACCCCUUACAAUGUCAAAGACAUAUUCUGGGAAUAUGUUAAGCAGUUUGACACUGAAAAUUUCCCCAGCAACCUGAAAAACAAACAGGUUUUAAGAGAUUUUGCCUUACGCAAGAUGACUCUCCCAGAUACCUGCAACCUUGAUCAUCUGUAUGCAACUCCUUCACCUCCUAAAUAUUUACUAUAUCUUCACAAAUAUGUUUUUACCAAGAUUUUUUAACUAUGGAGUAGGAAGACGUGUACAACAGACAGAGAUAAAAUAUUA